AUGGCGAAGGUAUCGACCAUUUGUUCAAUAGUCUUGUUGACUCACUACAUGGGGUUCACCAAAGCCCUGGACAAGCUAAAUAUACUAGUCCCGUAUGAUGCAGCCUGGAGCGAGACUUGGCUGGAAGCCACCCUUGACACGUACCGAGAUGCCGGGACGGACACACCUCUGGAGUACAGCACAAUGUGGAUCAACCAGACUAAUGUCUUCAUGCUGGCCCUUCAGCACUUUUCACUGGACGGUAACUGGACAGCGAUUCUAGACCUGACCUCAGACUGUUACCUGUGGGAAGAACCCGGUUCUUCCACCCCACUCUACAUCGCCCUGGCCUUCUGCUCCACGGACAUACCUUCCAUCUCUCCGUCAACACUCCACUUUCUUCAGGCCGCCAUCGACAUCUUGCAGUCACAGAAGAUUAACCUGGAUCAUCUAGCGCUGAUUCUGGACGACAACCAAGGUGAUAGGUCUAUUACACUGGGUUAUCAUGCUUGGACUGCAAAACCUAAAUGUUGA